AUGGCGUUCCAAGCCCGGCACCGCUGGAUCAUCCAGAAGCUCCACCUCUGCCUUGGCUUCCGCGAUGAGGGCGAGGUCGAGGAGCUCAUGAAGGUGAACAACAUCAUGGAGACGCUCUCGGUCUUCUUCUCGCCGUCGGGCCCGUCCAAAAUCUUCUUCUACUACCAAGUCCGGCAGUACGACGUCGUCGACGGCGACUCGCGCGUCUCGGACAACGCCUCCGACGCGUCCAGCCCCAAAGACGACCGAGAUGCAUUGAGAGCGCCCGAGCUCUUCAUCACCGACGGCGAGACCGAGCCGCUCCUCGCGCGCGCUGUCUAUUUCUUGAAGAAGCACAAGCCGCCGAAGCCCUCGAUCGUGCGGCUACCCCGCACAAGCAUCUCGGCCGCAUCAGCGCUCUCCGAUGACAUUGCACUGCUCACGACCAUCAACCCUGCGACAGCGACCGACGGCAUGCUCGAGUUUGGUGUCCUCGACAAGUCGGUGCUUGUCACCAUGGAAGCGCUCUUCUCCCAGCUGUAUCUGCCGCUGCUUCACGCCCGCGACGAGAGCGAAUGGGGCCAAGCCGACGUCGAGUGCAAGAACGAGUUCCUUCAUGGCAUGAAGGCCUUCAUCACGGACGUCCAAGGCAGUUUAAAGACCAUGAGCGCGGGCCUCGAGCUCCGAAAACCCGACAAGCGCUACGACCCGAACGACUCGCGCAACCUCUCGCGCUUUGCCAACGACGAGUGUGCGGUCGUGCACUUUGUGGACCUCGUGCAAGACUGGUGCCGGCAGACAGAAGCGUACUUGGACGACAGCGACCAGACGCGGUGGGAGUCGAGCGAGUCGGGGCCAGACACGGAGCUCGAGUACUGGAAAGGCCGGCUCCAGCGGCUCACGGGCAUCACCGAGCAGCUCAAGACCAAGGAGUGCAAGAUGGUCAUUGGUGUCUUGACGAUCGUGACCAAGCAGCACGAGAGCAGUUUGGACAAGCAAAGUGUCUUUUCGCUGCUGCGACAGUGGAAGCAGAUCGAUAUCAACAUCACCGAGGCGACGAACGAAGCCAAGGACAACGUCAAGUACCUCGCUACGCUCGAGAAGUUCAUCGAGCCGCUCUACAUCGGGUCCCCCAGCAGCGUCAUUGAUGCGCUCCCCGCGCUCAUGAACGCCGUCAAGAUGAUCCACACGAUCGCCCGCUACUACAACACGACGGAGCGCAUGACCAAGCUCUUCAUGAAGAUCACCAACCAGAUGAUCGUGCUGUGCAAGAGCACGAUCGUCGGGACCGACCCGCCCGAGUACAUUUGGACCAAGACGCCCGAAGUCCUUUUAGAGAACCUCGAGACGUGCCUCCGCCUCAACGAAGCGUACCAAGAGCAGUACCGGCUCACAAAGGACAAGCUGCUCACGAUGCCGAAAGGCAAGCAGUUUGACUUUAGCGAGACGCAGAUCUUUGGCAAGUUUGACCUUUUUUGCCGGCGCGUUAUCCGGCUCAUUGACAUGUUUUCGACGAUCCACCAGUUCCAGUCGCUCGCCGAGCACUCGCUCGAGGGCAUGGGAUCGCUCAUUGCGACGUUCGAGACGAUCAUCACCGAGUUCAAGAGCCAGAAGCACGACCUGUUGGACUUCCACAACAACAAGUUUGACCGCGACUAUGUGGACUUUAACGUGCGCAUCUCGGACCUCGAGCUCUCGUUCCAGCACUUUAUCAACCAGAGCUUCGAGUCGAUCACGAGCAUCGAACAGUCGCUCAAUUUACUCAAGCAGUUCCAAACGAUUCUCCAGCGUGAGAAUCUGCGCAACGACCUCGACUCGAAAUUUACCGUCAUUUUCCACAAUUACGGUCUCGACCUCACGACGGUCCAAGAGAUUUACGAAAAGCACCGGCACGACCCGCCGAUUGCGCGCAACUUGCCACCGGUCGCGGGCAACAUUCUCUGGUCCCGGCACCUCCUGCGACGCAUCGAAGAACCGAUGCGCAAGUUUGAGAGCAAUCCGAGCGUGCUCGCGACCAAAGACUCGAAAAAAGUCAUCAAGACGUACAACAAGGUCGCGCGGACGCUCGUCGCGUUCGAGUACCUCUGGUACGAAGCGUGGUGCCGGUCCAUCGACACGGCCAAAGGCGGCCUCCACGCGACUCUCAUCAUCCGCCACCCUGAGACCACCAAGCUCUACGUCAACUUUGACAAAGAGAUUCUCCAGCUCAUUCGCGAAGCCAAGUGUUUGGAUCGGAUGGGGAUUGACAUUCCCGAGAACGCCAAGAUGGUCAUGCUCCAAGAAGACAAGUUCAAAAACUACUUCAACGAACUCACAUACACGCUGCGCGAGUACGACCGAGUGAUUGCACGCAUCAUCCCCAUGACCGCGACGCUCCUCAAGCCCCAUCUGGAAGAUAUCCAAGCCAAGCUCCGGCCGGGCAUGGUCACGCUCACGUGGACGAGCAUGAACAUUGACGCGUACAAGCUCCAAGUCCACCUCGGUCUCCAGCGGCUCGAAGAGCUCAUCCACAGCGUCAACGACAUGAUUGAAAACCGCGUCGAGAAAAAUCUCAAAGUCGUCUCGAAAGCGGUGCUCGUGUGCCUUCCAACGGACCAAUCGUUUGCACUCGACGACUUUGUGCGGAUGCAGGAGAAGCACGUGGCUGCUGCCACGAGCAUGCUCGCGGCCAAAAACACAGAAAUCGAAAACGCCGUCGACGACGUCCUCCGGCUCAUUGCGGACUUUACCGUCGACGCGCCGGAUCCGAAAAUGAGGCUUCUCUCGACGAGCGCGUUGCCAACGCAAGUCGUUGUCGACGUGGACGCCCAGCACGCCUUUCGGAGCCACUACAAGACGCUGCUGUACCGCGCGCUUUUGAAUUGCACCAAGAACUCACUCAACGCAAUCAAGAAGCGCGUGUGCUCUAAAGCCGGCACGGGCUUCCUCUUCCUCGAGCGACCUUUCUUUGAAGUCGACGUUCAAUUGAGCGUCCCAAGUGUCCGGUUGAGUCCGAGCCUCGAGGACAUUCAGCGCGCCAUCAACCGGUCCGCAGUCGUCGUCCUCAAGUGCUCCAAGUCGCUCUACACGUGGGGGCAGCAAGAUGUCUUCCCUGAGAGUUCGCGCGUCACGUUCUUUGACCGGCUGGGCUGCGACACGGAGAUCAUCAAAGUCGCACUCUUGCUCACGGGCGCUCUCCACGGCACCAAGAACCAGUACGACUGGCUCUGGAAGGAGGACAUGGAGUUUCGGUACAAUCAAUUUAUCAAACGCAAUCCGUCCAUUCAGGACUUUGAGAACGAGCUCAAGAACUUUAUGGUGGUCGAGGCCGAAAUCAACGCGAUUGCGCCCGUGCACAACAUUGCCGCGCUCUCGCUCAACACGAAAAACCUCAAGCUCCAGCUCCGCAACGAGUGCCGGCAGUGGAAAGUGCAGUACUCGGACCGCGUGCACCAGCAGGCGCGGUCGGCGCUCACGAACCUCUCCGACUACAUUCGACUGACAACGACCAAGCUCAACCGGGACGUCGAGUCCCUCGACUCGCUUCGCUACGUCAUGCUGGUUCUAAAAGAGGUGCGCGAGCGUGAGUCCUCGAUCGAGAUGGAGAUCAACCCGAUCUUGGACAUGUACGACAUGCUCGAGCACUUUCUGCCGGGCGGCUACAUGGACAAGGAAGAGAUGGACCAGAAGAGCGUCGUGCGCUCCACGUGGCGCAAGCUCGUCGACUACGCCGAGGAGGUCACCGACAACCUCAGCGAAGUCCAAGGCAAGUUCAAGAAGCAGCUCACAAAAGAUGUCAAGGAGUUCCAAGCCGACGCAAUCUCGUUCCGGGCCGAGUACAGCACGAACGGCCCAAUGGUGAGCGGUCUCAAGCCGUCCGAGGCGGUCGAGCGCCUCGGCCGCUUCAAGGAGCUUCUCGCCCUGCGCGACCGCAAGCUCGAGGUGUACGCCGCGGGCGAAGAGCUUUUUGGCAUGCGGCCGACCGAGUACCCGGAGCUGACCAAGACGCGGAAGGAGCUGGCCCUCCUCGACCAGCUCUACGGCUUGUACAUGGACGUUGUCCAGACCAUGGAAGGCUAUCGCAACGUGCUCUGGAGUACUGUGCCAUCAACGCUCGACGACAUGAGCAGCAGCAUUGCGAUCUUUGACGAGCGCUGCAAGCGCAUGCCGCGCAAGCUCUGCGAGUGGGAAGCCUACCGGCUCUUGCGCAAGGAUAUUAGCGACUUUGUGGAUGUCUUGCCGCUUGUUCGUGAGCUCAGCAAGGACUGUAUCAAGCCCCGUCACUGGGUCGAGAUCGUCAAGAUGACGGGAACGCCGCUGCAGUACGAAAGCGACGCGUUCCGCUUGAAGGACCUCCUCGACGCCAAGCUCUUGACGACCAAAGACGAGAUCGAGUACAUUUGCGACUCGGCGCAAAAGCAGCUGCAGAUCGAAAUGAAACUCAAGGACCUCAAAGAAGCGUGGGCCGCCGCGUCGUUUGAGUUUGGCGAGUGGAAAUCCCGCGGCAUUCCCGUGCUCAAAGGCUUUGUCGGCGUGAUCGAAGAUCUGGAAGAAGCCCAGUUGCAGCUCCAGGGGAUGCUCAGCUUGCGCCACGUCGUGCCGUUCAAAGAUCUGGUCCAGGCCAAGCUCACGCAAUUGAGCGAGACCGCCGAUGUGCUCGAGCUCUGGGUCAAGGUGCAAACGCUUUGGAUGUCGCUCGAGUCGGUCUUUACGGGCGGCGACAUUGCCAAGCAGAUGCCGAUUGAAGCCAAGAAAUUUGCCAAGAUCGACAAGGACUGGAUCAAGAUCAUGACCAAAGCCAACGAGACGAGCAACGUCGUCGCGUCCUGUGCCAACGAAGCCCUCAAGAGCACGCUGCCCAUCUUGUACGGCGAGCUUGAAAAGUGCCAAAAGUCGCUCGAAGGGUACCUCGAGCAGAAGCGCAUGAAGUUCCCGCGCUUUUACUUUGUCUCGAACCCGUUCUUGCUCCAAGUGCUCUCGCGGGGGUCCGACCCGGCGCUCGUCCAGCAGUAUUACGAAAAGAUCUUUGACGCGGUCAACCGCGUGCAGCACGACAAGAUCGAGACGCGCAAGAUCGUCGCGCUUAAGUCGAUCAUUGGCAACGACGAAGAGACCAUUCCACUUCUCAAGCCUGUCUUGACCGACGGCAACAUUGAAGACUGGCUCGGCGCGCUCGAGAAAGAGAUGUUUCUGACCAUGAAGUCGCUCUGCCGCGACGCGGCGGCCGACUGCAUGACUCUGCCGCUGCGGGAGUUUGUCAACAAGAGCUGCGGCCAGUUUGCCCUCCUCGGCAUACAAGUGCUCUGGACCGCGCAGAGCCAAGACGCGCUGACGCGGUGCAAGACGACGAAGGGCAUCAUGGGCGAGACGAGCAAGAAGCAAGCGAUGCUGCUCUCCGAAUUGAGCUCGUGGUGCCUCACGGACCUCGGCACGAAACUCAACCGGAUCAAAAUUGAGACGCUCAUUACGAUCCAAGUCCACCAACGCGACUGCUUUACGGAGCUCAGUCGGCUCUUUAAAGACCGGAAAAUCCAAGACGCGACCGAUUUCGAGUGGCUCAAGCAGGCGCGGAUCUACUGGCGCGUGGCGCCGGCGUCCGACCGCUUUGGCCCGGACGCGUGCCUCAUCUCGAUCUGCGACGUCGACUUCAAGUACGCCUACGAGUACCUCGGCUGCAAGGAGCGCCUCGUGAUUACGCCCCUCACGGAUCGGUGCUAUAUUACGCUCUCGCAGGCGCUCGGGAUGUAUCUCGGGGGGUCGCCGACGGGCCCCGCGGGCACGGGCAAGACGGAGACCGUCAAAGACCUCGGGCGCACCUUGGGCAUCUAUGUCGUUGUCACCAACUGCACGGACCAGCAGCGGUUCUUGGACAUGGCCAAGAUCUUCAAGGGCCUUUGCCAAGCUGGCUUUUGGGGCUGUUUCGACGAGUUCAACCGGAUCGAGCUGCCCGUGCUCUCGGUGGUGGCGCAGCAGGUGCUUGCGAUCACGAACGCCAAACGCGUUCAAGCCAAUAGCUUCAUCUUCCCUGGUGACACCCAAGUCAUUCCGCUCAACGUCGAUGUCGGGUACUUUAUUACGAUGAACCCGGGCUACCAAGGCCGACAAGAACUGCCCGAGAAUCUCAAAGCGCUCUUCCGCGGCGUCGCCAUGAUGGUGCCGGACCGCGAAAUUAUCAUCAAGGUCAAGCUCUGCUCGGUGGGCUACGACAACUUUGGCGACCUCGCUCGCAAGUUCAAGACGCUCUACGGCCUCUGCGAAGAGCAGCUCUCGAAACAAAAGCACUACGACUUCGGCUUGCGCAACAUUUUGUCCGUUUUGCGCACGGCCGGACAGACCAAGCGCGCGAAUCUGGACGCGAACGAAGAAAUGUUAUUGCUGCGGACGCUGCGGGACAUGAACGUCUCCAAGCUCGUGGCCCAGGACACGCCGCUCUUCCUUUCGCUCCUCAGAGAUAUCUUCCCAUCCGUCGAGACGCCGGCGAGCGGAAGUGCGCAAGGCCCAGUCGCCCAGCUCGUCGUCCAAGUGCUGGAGAAAGCCAACAAGGUGCCGCAUCCGCCGUGGACGCUCAAGGUCGCGCAGCUCUACGACACAACGCUUGUGCGGCACGGCAUCAUGGUGGUCGGGCCCGCGGGGACGGGGAAAAGUGAGAUGUUUAAGGUUCUCCAGUCGGCGCUCGCACUGCAUACGAAGACGCUUCACCGCCAAGUGCGCAUGAACCCCAAGGCCAUUCGCGCCGAAGAGAUGUUUGGCGAGACGGACAAGCUCAGCGGCGAGUGGCUCGACGGCGUGUUUGCCUCCAUGUGGUCCAAAUACAACGACCGAUCGCGUCGGGAUGUGUCGUGGAUCGUCUGCGACGGGCCCGUCGACGCGAUUUGGAUUGAAAAUCUCAACACUGUGCUCGACGACAACAAGCUAUUGACGCUCGCGAACGGCGAUCGCAUUCCAAUGACCGACAAUUGCAAGCUCAUGUUUGAAGUCGAAGACCUACGCAACGCUUCGCCCGCGACGGUGAGCCGCGCAGGCAUCAUCUACGUGAGCGAGACGGACCUCGGGUGGUCCCCGCUCGUCGAAGGUUGGCUGCAGACGCGCCCCGAUAGCCAACGACCUGUGCUGCGCGGCCUUUUUCUCAAGUUUAUGGGCGAGUCGUGCGGCAGCUCCCCUGGUCACCUCUUCAAGUUUUUGAGCAAAAGCUGCAAGCCCGUGCUGCACGUCUCGCGCGGCGCCAUGGUCGAGUCGUGCCUCCAUUUGCUAGCGAGUGUGAUCGCGUCGGCCGAGCUCAGCGAGUCGGCCGAAGUCGAAAUCGAGCUCGAGCGGCUCUUUCUCUUCUCGCUCGCGUGGGCAGUCGGCGGCUUGUACGAGCAAGACGACCGACAACGGCUCAGCGACUACCUCGCCGAGCUCACCAAGCAUUUCUUUCCCAAGCAAGCCAAGACAUCAGUAUUUGACCAUGUCGUCAACCCAACGUCGCUCGAGUGGGAGCGCUGGAACCUCGAGCCGUGGGACGCCCCUUCGUCGCUUAUCGAUCUCGACAUUUCCAGCCUCGUCAUCCCGACGGUCGAGACGACGCGCUGCUUGUACUUGCUGCAACAAAUCAACGCCAAGCGCCCCGUGCUGCUCGUCGGUGGCAGCGGCACGGGCAAGACGUCGGCCGCCCAAAUGUACUUUGAGACGCUCGACGCGGACACAUCGAUCGUGAAAAAGAUCAUUUUCUCGAGCGUGAGCUCGCCCGGCGGGUUCCAGCAAACGUUGGAGGCGGACUUGGACAAGCGUGGUGGCAAGAACUUUGGCCCAAGCCACGGCCGCAAGAUGACACUCUUUCUCGACGACAUUUCGAUGCCUGCGUGCAAUGCAUGGGGUGACCAGCCCACCCUCGAGGUCGUGCGCCAGCUCAUGGAGACGUCCGGGCUUUGCUUCCUCGAUAAGGACAAGCGCGGCGACGUCAAGGUCAUUGAAGACCUCUACUACGUGGCGGCGAUGCCGCACGCCAAAGACGGGAAGAACGACAUUCCGAACCGCCUCAAGCGCCAUUUCUUCGCCUUCAACCUCCUCGUGCCGUCGCUCGAUGUGAUUGAUGCGAUUUUCGGGCAAAUCGUCAAGUGGCGCGUCUCGUUCUUGGACGCCAAGAAGGACAAGCCCAUCAUCGACGUCGCGUCCAAGCUCACCAACACGACGAUCCACGUCUGGAGCUUCAUGCGCAAAACGCUGCUGCCGACGCCGCAGAAAUUCCACUAUAUCUUUACGAUGCGGGACCUCGCACGCGUCUUCCAGGGCCUCUUGCGCGGCUUCGAGAUGGUCACGACGGACAAGUACCUCGUGAAACUCUGGCGGCACGAGUGCGACCGGCUCUUCUGCGACCGCCUCACGACGCUCGACGACAAGGCCAAGUUCCGCGACGAGCUCAACGCGACGUCCGAGAACCUCUUGCUCAAGCCCGUCGUCGCCACGGGCAAAGAAAAGGUCAGCAAGGACGCGUCUCUAACCGAGCUGCCGAACGCCCCCGCGCUCUUUGUCGACUUUAUGCGCGACGACAAGCGCGACGAAGACGGGCUCCUGCUCGAAGAGGCGCCCAAGCUCUACGAAAACGUCAUGUCGAUUCUCACGGUGCGCGCGCGCAUGGAGAGCCUCCUCGAGGCGUUCAACCGAGACAACCCAUCCAAGAAAAUGGCCCUCAUCCUCUUUGACGACGCGCUCUUCCACGUCCUCCGCGUCGUGCGCGCGCUCGGGUUGCCCAAGAGCCACAUGAUGCUCGUGGGUGUCGGCGGCUCGGGCAAGCAGUCGCUCACCAAACUUGCGUCCGUCCUCGCGCGCCUCCAGCUCUUUCAGAUCACGCUCACCAAGGCGUACAACACAUCGUCGUUUCUGGAAGAUUGGCGCCAGCUCUUCAAGUGGACAGGGCAGCAAAACAAGGGCGUCGUCUUCCUCUGCACAGACAAUGAGCUCAAGGACGACUCGUUCCUUGAAAUUCUCAACGGCGUCUUGGCGACGGGCGAAAUCCCAAAUUUGUUUCCAAAAGACGAAAUGAAUUUCCUGGCGCAUCCGUCGACGCCCGACACGUACGAGCACCUCGUCAAGUUCUUUUACGAGCGCGUCAAGACGAAUCUGCACGUCGUGCUCUCCAUGUCGCCCGUGGACCGGCGGUUUGCCGACCGCUGCCGCAAGUUUCCAGCGCUCGUGUCGGGCUGCACGCUCGAUUGGUACCUCGCAUGGCCCGCCGAGGCGCUUGUCGCGGUGAGCAAAGGGUUUCUCGACGAUUUUAGCAUCGAGUGCGCGCCAGCCGUCAAGGACCAGCUCAUUGCGCACAUGGGCUGGCUCCACGACGCCGUGAUCGACGUCUGCGCCGAGUAUUUCGAGAAGCGCCGGCGCCAUGUGUACCAGACGCCGAAAUCGUACUUGGCGUUCCUCGACUUUUACAAGCAGCUGUAUGCCACCAAGAUCCGCGAGAUCCACCGCAGCGAGAGCAGCGUCAACCUCGGGCUUCAAAAGCUCGUGCAAGGCGCGGCCGAUGUUGAGAAAAUGAAGGGCGUCCUCAAGACAGAGGAAGCCAAGCUCAUCAUGGCCGAGCACGCGGCGAACGCGAUGCUCGAGAACCUUCAAGUCAAGUCGAUGGAGGCCAAGAAGGAGAACGAUAUCGUCGGGAAAAUCAAAGAACGCUGUGAACGGGACGCGGCCGUGAUCCAGCGCGAGAAGGAAGACGCGGAAGAGGACUUGGCGAAAGCGCAGCCGUUUUUGGACGAGGCCGAGCGGGCCGUCUCGAGCAUCAAGCCCAACGACCUCAACGAGCUCAAGAAGCUCGCCAAGCCAGGCGACAUUAUCAAGCUCAUUUUCGACGGCGUCGCGCUUCUACAAAUGUACCCGCUCGCCAAAGUCGAGAAAGCCCAAGUCACGCUCAACAAGAAGAGCGUCGACUUUAUUCUCGACUCGUACGCGAGCGUCAAGCAGGGCAUGCUCAGCGACACGCGGUUUCUGCAAAACGUGUUUCACUUUUCAAAGUUUGAGAAGGACAACAUCAACGACGAGACGAUCGAGCUCCUCCAACCGUACUUGGACCUCGAGGGGUUUAGCCCCGCCGCGGCGAAAAACGCGUCCAAAGCCGCCGAAGGACUCUGCACGUGGGUGAUUGCCAUGACCAAGUACCACCACGCGUCCAAGGUGGUGAAACCCAAGCUCGAGACGCUUCGGGUCGCCGAAGGCCGCCUCGAAGCCGCGCAGGCCGACUUGCGUCACGCGCAAGAAAAGCUGAUUGCGUGCCAGAGUGUCCUCCAGUCGCUGCAAGACGACUUUGAGCUGCAAAUGGCCGAGAAGGCCAAAGUCGAAGAGAACGCGCUCGCGACGCGCAAGAAGAUGGAGCAAGCGACCGCGCUCAUCCAGGGCCUCGCGGGCGAGAAGAAGCGCUGGACAGAUGAAAGCAACCGGUUCGCCGACCGCAAGGCGCGCCUCGUCGGCGACUGUGCAGUGGCGUGUGCGUUUGUCAAUUACUGCGGCCCGUUCAACAAGGAGUACCGAGACGUCUUGUGCAAGAUCAAGUUUCUCAAAGACCUGAAAGACCGCCAAGUGCCGGUGACAGCCGACCUGCAGCUGACCAACUUCCUUGUCGACCUCGGCACGAUCGCCGAUUGGAACGUCGAGGGACUUCCGGCGGACCCGCUCUCGACCCAGAACGGGAUUCUCGUCACAAUGAGCAGCAAGUACCCGCUCCUCAUUGACCCGCAAGGACAAGGAUUGAACUGGAUCCUCAUGCGCGAGGCUGGUCGACUCCCAUCCGUCGGGCUCGUCUCGAUCAACCAUCCCAAGCUGCGCGACCACCUCGAGUUUAGCGUCACGGAAGGCAAGGACAUGGACCCCGCCAUGAACGCAGUCUUGGAGAAGAACGUCAUUGUGAAAGCCAAGUCCAAGUACAUUCUCGUCGGCGACAAGCUCUGCGAGUACAACGACGCUUUCUUGCUGUACAUGACGACGCGACUGCCGAACCCGCACUUUUCACCCGAAGUGCAGGCCAAGACGAUGCUGGUGGACUUUACCGUCACGCAAGACGGCCUCGAGGACCAGCUGCUCGCCAAAGUCAUUCAAACCGAGCAAAAGUCGCUCGAGGAGCAGCUCACGCGCGUGCAGUUCGACGUCAACAGCAACACCAAGGCUCUUCUGAGUCUCGACGCGCUCUUGCUCGAGCGGCUCGCGUCCAACAGCGGCAAUCUCCUCGACGACCUCGAGCUCAUUAGCGUCCUCGCGUCCACAAAGGCCAAAGCCACCGAAGUCAACGACAAGCUCCUCGCGGCCGCCGACAUGAAGCUCGGCAUUGACGAGAAGCGCGAACAGUACCGACCGGUGGCAACCCGGGGCAGCGUCUUGUACUUUAGCCUCGUGGACCUCUCGCUCGUCAACUGCAUGUACCAGACGUCGCUGGACCAGUUUCUCGUGCUCUUCAAAAAGGCGAUGGACGUGGCCGAGCGCGCGACGCUCACCUCGAAGCGCGUCGCACACAUCGUCGACGCCAUGACGUAUCUCGUCUACCGCUUCAUGAACCGCGGCAUCUACGAGAAGGACAAGCUCGCGUUUCUGCUCAUGGUCACCUUCAAGAUCUUUGUCGCCGCCGACGUGCUGGACGCAAGUGACGUCUCUCUCUUUGUCAAGGCCGGCGCGACGCGAACGAGCGAGAAGGCCAAGCCGUUCCAGUGGAUGUCGACACCCGCGUGGCUCAACGUGCUCCAGCUCAGCCACGAAAAGCCCGUGUUUCGCAACUUGGUCGCUGACAUUGAGCGCUCGGAAGCCGCGUGGCGCCGGUGGUACGAAGAGAACGCGCCCGAGGUGGCCGCCGUACCCGAGUACGAGACAGUGCUCUUCCACCCGCACAGCGCCGACGCCACGACGCACUUUUACCGCCUCUUGCUACUGCGGUGUCUCCGCGAAGACCGCACGAUCUUGGCAACGCUCGAAUUCAUCAAGCUCGUCGAGCAUAUUGAUAUCAAGACGAAAGAGUCGGGUGCGAUCACCAAGCUGCCGUGCAUGGGCCCCAAGUACGUCGAGGCCGUCACGGACACGGUCGAGAGCAUUUGGGCAGAAAUGGCCGCCGACAUUCCGGUCCUUUACCUCUUGAGUCUGGGCGCCGACCCGACGGAUGCGAUCGAGACGCUGGCGCGCAAGAAGCGGCAAACGAUCCAGUGCAUCUCGAUGGGCGAGGGCCAGGAAAGCAUGCGUCCCGAGCCAUGGCCAACGGCAUGCUCAACGGGUCGUGGGUCCUCCUCCAAAACUGCCACUUGGGCCUCGCGUUCAUGGAGUCGAUUCCCGACACGCUCGUCAAGAAUAAGGAGACGAUGA